UGCGUAUAUCCAAUUGUUCUUCCGAGCGAUUCAGACACGGAACUUCCGAUUGAAGACACUGGACCAGUGGUUCGCCGCCUUAGGAGAUAUUCGAUCGUUGUUCAGCAUAGCAGCGGUCUACAAAUAUCCGGCGAUGACUCUCGUCGCUCUAACGACUUGGCUUCUGCCAUUAGCGUCUGUGUUCUCUCCCGCUGCGCUUUCAGUCGUUUUCGAUCUCAUACAGCCUUUGCCAGUCUAUUCGAUGCGAGUGCCGCAGCCACCAUUUGAGAGCGUAGCUAUGUCCAAUUUCGAGCUCAGUGCUGGGGUCUGGGAGACCACUAUACCAGUCGUAAUGAGUGGGCCUAGUGAAGAGACCGCUCGGAUCGUCAACGCG